CGCCGAGUUAGCAAGUGAACUUGCCUAGGUCUCCGCCGGGCGUGACUUGCUGAGAGCUGGUUGCCAGCGCCCACAACCGCCGGCUGACUUUAAGCGCUAUCGAUUCCCUCACUGCUUCUACCAAAGGAAACCACUCGCCAAGCCGUCGCGCCGUCACUUCAAGCUUGCAAGGGCUAAUUAUAUGAAGACCACCGAAGCGUCUGAAGCCCGUUAAGCGCAGAGCCCAACCCAGUCCAAGACAUUUCAUGAUCGUGGCCAUGGCCACGCCAACAUAUCCUUCUUUUACACAAUGUAGGCAACAUUCCCGGCCGUUAUCGCGACGGCAUGCUUGUCCACUCAAAUACCAGUCCAGUUGGUCCAGCUGGCAACCGCCGUACAUGCGGGGUACCAUCUCAUCGAAUUCAGGCUUUGGCAGGGCAGAACUAAAGCUCAAAGCCAAGUUCGCGACUGGGAGGAUAGAAGGCGGGAACAAAGGCGCCAAGCUGCCGAACCUCGUGCAAGCGCCUGCAAGAGGAGGAGAGCCUCGAGGAGGAAGAGCUGUACCAACGCCGGCCAACACCAACUCCAGAGGAUCCGACUUGACACAUCAACUGACCAACCUCGACCCAUUGUCGCACCCGAACUUGAACCGGAUUCAGAGAGGAAAGGGCACUCUCAAACAAUAUUCACGAUGUGCCAGCCGCCUACGAGUUUGCGAAGUUGUCGAAAGAAUCACUCUAGGAAUGUACCGAGCUGCGGCAUCCCGCCCACUGCCACCGUCUGUCGCAGAAUGGACCGACUAUGAUGGCGGCGGUAUGGUCGUCACUGUGCCGCCCACACGGCUGAGAUCUUCAGAAACGCCGCCACACAUUCCUUGGCCACUGUUCAGUCUACCUUUUUGAGGUAUAGCCAAAUCCCCAAAAUACACGUGAUCGGCCGCACAUGGCAACUCGAUGUAUUCUUCCAGCGAAACGCGAUCGGUACUAGUAGCAGCAGUGAGGUCGAUCAUGUCCUAGCAAAUAAGUGAAAAUAUCAAUUUGUCUGAACCUGUAUGUGUCUGUGGCCUCGAACUGUCCAGAUCAUCAUCGCAGGCUGGGCGACGUCCGCCACAAUCUGCCUUACUGGAAUAUCCGGGGCGACGGCCAUGACAACACUUGAUUCGUCGACUAGGAGAAAGGCCCUUGUGUCAUCGAUGACAGCAAAGCCGGCUC